AGAGAGGUACCAUUUACAGAGCUCCAUCCCCAAAUUGGUGAGAGAGUUAGGGUUUUUGCGAACAAUGGAGGGUUGGGACCCGAAUACGAAGUCGACGCUGACCCAGAUUCCGCUGCUGACGACGAAAGCCGGGCCGCGAGAUGGGCCGGCGUGGACCCAGAGGCUGAAAGAGGAGUACAAGUCGCUGAUCGCCUACACCCAGAUGAACAAGUCCAACGACAACGAUUGGUUCCGAAUCUCCGCCGCCAAUCCCGAAGGGACACGUUGGACCGGCAAGUGCUGGUACGUCCACAACCUCCUCAAGUACGAGUUCGACCUCCAGUUCGAUAUUCCGGUCACUUACCCUGCCACCGCGCCGGAGCUCGAGCUCCCUCAGCUCGAUGGGAAAACCCAAAAGAUGUAUAGAGGAGGGAAGAUUUGCUUGACCGUGCAUUUCAAGCCGCUUUGGGCCAAAAACUGCCCUAGAUUUGGUAUAGCGCAUGCUCUCUGUUUGGGUCUUGCUCCAUGGCUUGCAGCAGAGAUACCCAUUCUUGUCGAUUCUGGUAUGGUCAAGCACAAAGAUGAUGCAGCAACAUCGGCCGAAUCUUAGUUGUAAAAUGUAAUACUAAAGUUGUAAGAAUUGUUUUGCCAUAAAUAGCAAUUUACUGCAACUGAGUUGUGAGGAUUAUAACUUUUAUCUUCGGAUAAAUUACAUCUUGAGAUAAUAUACAUACUCUUGAAUUAUCCACCUUCA